AUGACUACAACGAGAUCUGGUGCCACGAGCGAGCCCGGCUCAACGAAGGGCGAGCGCGCAGGCUCUAAGCGCCAGCUGCACACGAAAUCGCCGCCGGCGCCCAAGCGCGUCAAGAAGGACGACGACGACGAACAGCAGGUCGUCGAGGAUACCCUUCCAAGUCCUACCGAAGCCUACGGCGAUGGCAAGGCCCACAUUCUAGCGAAUGACCGCAAGGGAAAGACGCCUAUCAAGAGUGAGGAUGAUAAGGACGAAGUGAAGUCCGGCGCCCAAAGCGACGAGAAAAUGCGCGUCGAAAAAGCAGGGGCGGGAGACGGCGCUACUUCGUCGAACGUACUAGAGAAGGGCAUCAUCUACUUCUUCAUUCGUGGUCGCGUAGGCAUUGACGAACCCAGCGGCGUGGAGGACAUUGCUCGCAGUUACAUCGUCCUCCGACCAUUGGCACAGGACGCCAAACUAGGCGAAGGUGCAAUCGCCGACGCUGGCAACAACCGUCUCAUCGCCGUUCCCAAGAAGGUGUUUCCCCGCAGUGGCCGGGAAAGAUGGAUCGCAUUCGUUGCAAAGGCAAAUAUCUCUCUCGAAACACUGAAGGACGAGUUCAUGGCUGGCUCGGAGUAUUCCACCAAGACGGUCGGUCUUCGACACAGACCCGCUGCUACCCCAGUAGCGGAGGGUAUCUAUGCGAUCACGACUACCGGCCGCGAAAGCCAUCUUGCCUACGUCAUCACGUUGCCAUCCGAUCUUGGCGAGGUUCAGACAGACCUAGGCCUUCGGGAGAAGGGGUCCUUCAUCAUCAGCACUAGAAAUCCAGCGUACGACCCCCCGCAGGGGCUCGCAUUACCGCGAGGUCCUGACUAUCCGAAGGAAGUCCAGGAUGAAUUCAGGGCCCUCCGGUGGAUAUCUACCCAGCCCAAACAUCUUGAUUUCCCCAACACCCAGUUUCUGCUAAUUGGCCAAUUAGGUGGCAUCCGCAAAGCAGCGGAGCCCCAGAAGGAGGAGGAGGGACAUGAACAACUCCUGGAGGUGUUAGUAGAGUUAGAAGACGAGGAUAUGCAUAGGAUGGAAGCUCUCCAGGGGGACAAUUCGACAGCGAUCUUCGAAGAUCUCCAAGCACAAGCCGAAGACUACCCCAGACUUCGGACAACAUUCCACAAAGGUGAAAUCGAAUCAGAAGACCACGGCGAAAGGGCGUAA